AUGAGCUUUGGGAUGAGAAACUUUAGGUACAUUGAAGAAAUUAAAGAAGCACUGGAGAGGGAGUGCCCUGGAGCUGUUUCUUGUUCAGAUAUUCUUGUCUUGUCAGCUAGGGAGGGUGUUGUUCGGGACUUUCGACUUCCUCUGGAGCAAAACAUAAUCAAAUGGACGAAUUUUGGAGUAAUUCCAGUUGGAGGACGUACGUGA